AGGGGUGCCCUCCUGGAGGCCGGGGCGGCCUCCCUCCCUCCCCUCUCCUCCGAGUCCUUUAUGAGACCUGGGAAGAUGCUUCCCAUUCCCCAGGCAAUUAGACCCACCUUAUCCCCCACCCCUCACCCCGUCGUGCACCUUAAGGAACUCGCUGGUGAGGAAUCCUCCUGGAACACACCGAGCAUGCCUUACCUGCAAGAAAUGGCAGGAAAUCUUCUGAAGACAUCAUCUUUGUCUGUAAGGACAAAAUUAUUACAUCAAACAGGAUUGUCCCUUUAUAAUACAUCUCAUGGCUUCCAUGAGGAAGAUAUAAAAAAAAAACUUCAGCAGUUUCCUGGUGGAUCCGUUGACCUUCAGAAGGAAGACAGUGGCAUUGGUAUUCUUACCCUGAACAACCCAAGUAAAAUGAAUGCUUUCUCAGGUGUUAUGAUGCUACAACUUCUGGAAAAAGUGAUUGAAUUGGAAAAUUGGACAGAGGGGAAAGGUCUCAUUGUUCGUGGGGCAAAAAAUACUUUCUCCUCAGGAUCCGAUCUGAAUGCUGUGAAAGCACUAGCGACUCCAGAGGAUGGAAUGACCUUAUGUAUGUUCAUGCAAAACACCUUAACAAGACUUAUGAGACUCCCUUUAAUAAGUGUUGCACUGAUUCAAGGUCGGGCAUUAGGUGGAGGAGCAGAGGUUACUACAGCAUGUGAUUUCAGGCUCAUGACCGCGGACGGCGAGAUCAGGUUCGUCCACAGGGAGAUGGGCAUCGUGCCGAGCUGGGGCGGCGGCGCCCGCCUCGUGGAGCUGCUGGGCGCCCGGCAGGCCCUCAAGGUGCUAAGCGGCGCCCUCUCCCUGGACGCCGCCAGGGCCCUGAGCCUGGGCAUGGUGGAGGAGGUGCUGCGCGCCUCGGACGAGGCCGGCUGUCUGCAGGAGGCGCGGGCCUGGCUCGGGCAGUUCACCCAGGGGCCUCCCCAAGUCAUCAGAGCCUUGAAAAGGUCGGUGUCUUCCGGCAGAGAGCUCUGUUUGGAGGAGGCCUUACAGAUGGAAAAGGAGCUUGUAGGAACGGUGUGGGGCGGACCUGCAAACAGAGAGGCCAUUGCUAGGAAAGGAAAAUUUAAUAAGUAGGGGGACGAAAUACCGGGGCUCCAGGGGAGCUCCAGUGCUGGACACUCACAGGCGUUCAACCAGAAUUACUUUAAAGGCUACGCUAGUUUGAUUUUUAGUAGUUUUUUUCAAUUACUGACUUACUGAUCUAGUUUUCCGUAUAUUUGGGUAAUCAUCAAGUAAUCUGAAACAUUUGGCUAGAAUAUAUAACACUUUUGGCCUAAAAAUGAUCAUAAAUUGCUACAGUAAUUCUUACACUGUAACCAAAGACCAGUUUUUAAAAGGAAACACCUUUCCACAAACCUAUCCCUGGGUUAUUUUUUGUACUACUUUUUCUGUCCUACCUGGAAAUAAUUUACAAAAAUAACGUACUGAGAUUUGCACUAAAAAACAAAAGUGGAGAGGAGUCAGGGACAGGAUAAGAGGUAUGAUUGGGGACCCCUGGGGGGAUCAGCGGUUUAGCACCACCUUCGGCCCAGGCCGUGACCCCAGGGUCCUGGGAUCGAGUUCCACGUUGCGCUCCCUGCAGGGAGCCUGCUUCUCCCUCUGCCUGUGUCUCUGCCUCUCUCCCUGUGUCUCUCAUGAAUAAAUAAAUAAAAUCUUAAAAAAAAAAAAAAAGAGGUAUGAUCAAUCAACCAUUUUCUUCAGCUCUAACUAGCUGGGAGGUAAUGAAGAUUUGGGGAGGGGCACCUGGCUGGGCCAGUCAUUGGGGCGUGUGACUCUUGAUCAUGGGGUUGAGUUUGACCCCCACACUGGUUGUAGAAAUCAUUUUAAAACAAAUAAAAAAUAAAAUCUUUAUAAAGAAAGAA